AUGGCCGGACCACUCGCUGGAGUCAAAAUCCUAGAUCUGACCCGGGUCCUCGCUGGUCCAUUCUGCACUCAGAUCCUUGCAGACUACGGCGCGGACGUGAUCAAAGUCGAGCAUCCACAGGGCGGAGACGACACUCGUCUAUGGCGUGAAUCAGGAGAGGAGAGGAUUUGGAAGCCAGAAGCAGGCAAUACAUCUCUAUAUUUUAACACAAUUAAUCGAAACAAACGCUCCAUCUCCGUUAACCUGAAGCACGACAAAGGGAAGGAGAUUAUACUCCAGUUAGCACAGAAAGCGGAUGUGGUGGUAGAAAACUUCAUUCCCGGAAAACUGGACACGCUAGGCCUUGGAUAUGACGCUUUAAAACGCGUAAACCCGUCCGUCAUUCUCGCAAGUGUUUCCGGCUACGGAGCUGACGGUCCAUAUGCUCAACGCGCUGGAUACGAUGUUAUCGGCGCGGCCGAGGGUGGUUUGCUUCACAUUACCGGUGAAGCGGACGGCCCUCCAACCAAACCUGGAGUUGGUCUGAUGGACAUGUGUACAGGGCUAUAUCUUCAUGGCGCGAUUGUUUCUGCAUUGCUCACACGUGAAAAGGCCGGCCAUGGGCAGAAAAUCGAUACGUCCUUGUUCGAAACCACUAUCUCGAUCCUGGCAAACGUGGGUACUUCGUGGUUGAAUCUCUCCAAAGAGGCGCGCCGAUGGGGUACCGCGCAUCCCACAAUCGUACCUUACGAGGCGUUCAAGACGAAGGAUUCUUAUCUGGUCGCUGGGGCGGUUAAUAACCGACAAUUUAAGAACUUAUGCAAACGUUUAGGUGUAGAGAACCUGGCGAAUGAUCCGCGGUUUGUUGACAAUACUCUGAGGCUGAGGAAUCGAAAGGCACUGAAGUGUGUACUGGAAAAAAUAUUUGCAGACAAGACCACGGGGGAAUGGGAGACGGUAUUUGAGGGAAGCGGCAUGCCUUACGGCCCAAUCAACAAAUUGGAGGAUGUGUUUUCGCAUCCCCAAGUUUUGGCGAGAAACAUGAUUGAAACAAUCGACACAAACGCAGCCGUCUCGGGUACACUGAAGGUCCUUGGCAUGCCAGUCAAGUUUAGUGAGUCGAAGCUGUCUAUCAGAGCGGGCCCACCGGCCUUAGGGGAGCACACUGACGACGUGCUGCAAGAACUGGGAUUACCUUCUACCAGAAUUGCGGAGCUAAGAAAGAGUGGCGUGAUUUAA